AUGUCGAAGCGAAAGGAGGGAGGGGAAGGAGGGACCAAGAGUGAGCCGGUGGACACACUCUCUGCCUACCUGCAGAAGAAGUCGCCGCUUCUCGGUUCCCUGGAGUUCGAUACCAGCAUACCGGAGCCACCGGUAGAUGCCAACCUGCUGACGUACGAUCUUAAUGAAGAUGCAAUCGCAUACGAGCUGUCGGCACUGGAGCUGUACGCCGGAUUCACAUCCUUCCACGAUUUCGAAAAUGGAGUUGUCUGCGAAUCGCUCGAGCCUGCCGCCUAUUCCAACUACGCAAUAGAAAAUCAAGAGCUGCUAGACGAGCUUGGGGCAUUGGCGCAAACCUUGAACGUUGCUGGGAUGGAGCGACUGUCGCAACUGCGAGCAGAGUCGUUGCAAACCCCGGAAAUGCAGACGCUAUAUCCUCUGAUUAAAAAAUUGCGAGACGCGAUGCCCAAUGAUGUCAGGCAUGUUUUGUUCGCCGCCGAAGGGGUGGAAUCUAAAGGAGCACCGGUUGAACGGAUACAGGCAACGCAACCCGACAGUGGUCCGGAUGACCAUGAGGACGCUGUGCGGGAGAAGUGGAGUUCCAUGAGCAUAGGGGAACGCAUUGAGCACCACAUCUCACAAAUAAACGACACAUUCGUUCCCGUGUCGGCCCUCAAGCACCCGACGAACCCGAAGGCCAAAAUCGCAAAGCACUACAAGGUCAUGCCCAACGUCGGCCUGUGGAAAAACCGCUACGUGCAGGUCGGCGUGGACGGAGUCACGUCGGCUUCAGCCACCGAGGGUGCCGGAAAGCUGGCCGUUGGUGGUAUUUUGCACGUUGCAAAGGACAGCGCCACUCAUCGCCUGUACGAGUACUACAAGAGCACCACAGGCGACGAGGAGCAGGACGUUAAACACAUCCCGGGCUCACAAGAGCUGUUCAAAUUCGUACGCAUGUACUCCUGCCAGCAAUCCACGAAAAUCGAGGGCAACGACAACUACUUCCUAUUAUCGCUACCGCCACGGCUGCACAGCAAGGUAAAAUCCGGUAUAUUCGCGUCAAACGGCGCGUCCCCGAGACCGGAGGAGAUGGACAUCGAUGUUGAUGCCGAGGACGAUCUCGCAGAUUCUGUGGUGCACAUCCUCCCAGUCAAAGGGCAGAAGAUUGUACUCACCAAGGCGGGGAAGGCUAAGGUACCGGAUAUCAUGCUAACAUACACGGAAGAUAUUCUGCCGAGUCAAGGUUAG